UUUAUAGGCUUCAAUGAUAUACUUUGCAUUUCCAUUGAACUCCAAAGCAGAGGAAAGCCAUGGAUGCCUCUCAAGAAGUUGAACUCCAAAGCAGAGGCAAUAAUAAUAAUGAUAGCCCAACGAACCAGGUGGAGAUUUGGAGAAGCAAGAAUUAUACAUGGUGGUUUAGGAUAAGCCUGUACAUCGUAUUCCUGGUGGCAGGGCAAUCCGCCGCCACGAUGUUGGGACGACUGUACUACGACAAAGGAGGGAACAGCAAGUGGAUGGCAACGUUGGUUCAAUCCGCGGGAUUCCCGAUCUUGAUUCCGCUCUUGUUCCUAUUCCGCUCCACGGAUUCUUCAUCGUCAUCACCGAAACAUCCUCGUACUUCAACAACCAUGCUGUCUCUCUACGUGUUCUUCGGCCUGCUCUUAGCCGGCGACAACAUGAUGUACUCCUACGGCCUCCUCUACAUCCCCGUCUCCACCUAUUCCCUCCUCUGCGCCACCCAGCUAGCCUUCAACGCCCUCUUCUCGUUCCUAAUCAACGCCCAGAAGUUCACCGCUCUCAUCCUCAACUCCCUCGUCCUCCUCACCGUGUCCGCCGCGCUCCUAGCUGUCCACGCGGACUCCGACGGCGGCACGGCGGGCGUCUCCAAGGGGAAGUACGCCAUAGGAUUCCUGUGCACGGUGGGCGCAUCCGCCGCGUACUCGCUCUACCUCUCCCUGAUGGAGCUCUCGUUCAAGAAGGUGAUCGGAACAGAGACGUUCGGCGCGGUGGUGGAUAUGCAGGUCUUCCCGUCGUGCGUGGCGAGCUGCUGCUGCGUCGUGGGCCUUUUCGCGAGCGGGGAAUGGAGGGGUUUGGAGGGGGAGAUGAGUGGGUUUGAGAAGGGCCGGGUGGCGUAUGUGAUGACGUUGGUUUGGACGGCGGUGUCGUGGCAGAUCUGUUCUGUGGGUUUGUUGGGGUUGAUUUUUGAGGUUUCUUCUCUGUUCUCCAACGUUAUUAGUACGCUGGGUUUGCCUAGCGUUCCGGUUCUUGCCGUCAUAUUCUUUGGAGACAAGAUGGAUGGGGUGAAGGUCAUUGCAUUGCUGCUUGCAAUUUGGGGAUUCCUGUCUUAUAUUUAUCAGCAUUACCUUGAUGAUUCCAAAGCUAAGUCAACUGUAUCAUCUACCAAUCAAGUUUAGGAAUCAUUGUCCUAAAGAUGGACACAGAUUUAGGGAGAUGUAUUUAAUAUAUUGAAAAGUUUCUGAAAUGAUAUUUUUAGUAAUGAAAUACGGAGUUAUACACA